AAAAACAUGUUUUGAAAUUUAUUUUUGUCAAAACCUUCCUCUCCAAAACGGUGCGUUUAAACUCGCAUACACCAGAAGCGUAGAGUCUACAGAGUCGCAGCACCUGAUAUGCGAAGCAUCGUCUUCCUCAAUUCCAUAGGGUUUACAGAAUUCAAUUCGUCACACUCCUCGCGUGUCAGAUCCAGUUAUUCUUGUUUCUGAAAAAACAUUGUUUCAUACUCAAGAUCGCAAUUCCUCGCCAAUUUCCGAAAUCAAACGAAAUUUCUCGUUUUGAGCGACACGAUUCGAUUCCCCGUUCCUUGAUCGCUUCCAACUGUCAUUAUAAGGUGCAGUUGGCAGGGUCUUGAAGAUGGCAACCACCGCUUGUUUCAUCAUUGUUAGCAGAAAUGAUAUUCCUAUAUACGAAGCUGAAGUUGGAGUAGCUGCUAAAAGGGAGGACGCUGCUCAGCUGCAUCAAUUUAUCCUACAUGCUGCCCUCGAUGUUGUCCAGGACCUUGCAUGGACUACUAGUGCUAUGUACUUGAAAUCUGUAGAUAGGUUUAAUGAACUCGUGGUGUCAGUAUACGUCACAGCUGGUCAUACCCGGUUAAUGUUGCUUCAUGAUUCGCGUAAUGACGAUGGCAUUAAGAGCUUCUUCCAAGAGGUGCACGAGCUUUACAUAAAGACCCUUCUUAAUCCUCUAUACUUGCCUGGCUCCCGAAUCACAUCAUCACAUUUUGAUACAAAAGUCCGUGCCCUUGCAAGAAAGUAUUUGUAGAGACUAGCAGUCUGCUCUUGAUGAUCUGUGGUUGACGAGCUGCUUGUUCAUAAAGCAUUGAGGCCCUUACCUUACACCUGUUAGUUCUUGUUAGUAGCCCUGGAAAACUUUUUUUUCUCCCUCAUGAUUUGACUGGUAGAUUUCCUGUUGCCUAUAUUGUUGUGUACUCGAGUCAUUCGCAGAAGGCCGUGUUUGGAAUGUCAUAUGUUGGCAAAAGUUGUUCCAUUGCUAGUGCUACAAUUUGUAAUGCUUACUGAUCUUGUUCUGGAUGAUCAACUAUUUGAUUUUAAGUGGCAAAGAAUUAUUGUCUCCCCCUUUGUGCUUCAAAA